UCAUUGCCGCUCGCCGCACAACCCCUUCCCUCCUCUCCUCUUCCUCUCGACCCUUCUCCUCCUUCUCCUCUCCGCACGAUCCCCUUCCUCUCCUCUUCCUCUUGAUCCUUCUCCUCCUCCUUCUCGUCCCGAUCCAUCGCAACAGUGACGGCCCUCGCCGCUCUCUCUAGCCGUCUCUCGCCGUCGCGGUGGUCCGUUCAUGGCUUCGUCUCACCGGCAGGAGCUUGCUUUCUCUUUCUUCUUUCUCUCUGUUCGGCUCUUUCUCUAGCCAUCUCUCACCGUCGCGGUGGUCCGUUCGUGGAUUCGUCUCGCCGGCGCUCGCGGCCUCUGCUCCCUCGCCCUCCCUCGCCUCCACCCUCCAUCAGUCUUCCGGACAAUGGAGUAGCUUCAUAACUCCCUCGUCUCUUUCCCCCGCCCCAAAUUUUUCACUUUUUUUUUUCCUCCCGCACCACCACCCUGACACUUCCCCCUCCCUCCUGUCACUUCCCCCUCCCUCUCCAACAGCCGAGUAUUUUACUGGGGAAGCCAAUGGAGUAGCUUUCGUUUUAAGAUCUCGAACCUUCAUUUUCACGAGAACCUGCCUUGUUUUGCCAAAUUCUGAUGGCUUCUUCUUCUUUGAAACGUAAAAGAAGUUACGAUGUCUUCUUAAGUUUCAGGGGUACUGACGUUCGCAAUAACUUCCUCAGUCAUCUCUAUACAGCUCUAUACCAGAAUGGUAUAUCCACUUACAUCGACAGCGAGGAAAUGAGGAAAGGAGAUCAAAUACGGCCAGCACUUAUGAAGGCAAUUGAGGAAUCGCAAUUUGCGAUCAUCAUUUUCUCCAAGGACUACGCGUCUUCGUCAUGGUGUUUGGAAGAGGUAGCGAAAAUCAUGGAGUGCAAGACACAGAAGGACCUGAUUGUGUUGCCAGUGUUUUACAAAGUGGAACCAAGAGAAGUGAGAUGGGGUAGAGGGAGUUAUGGGAGAGAUAUGGCUAAACAUGAGUCUGAUUUCGGGAAAGAUUCGCACAAAGUGAAGAGAUGGAAGAAGGCUCUUUUUGAUGCCAGUGAAUUGUCUGGGUGGACCUUGAAUGACGAAGUUGAAGCGGAGCUUAUAAAGGAAAUUGUGAGCAAGAUCUCUAUGCAGAUUGACCAAAGACCCAUACAUGUUGCUGAGCAUCUGAUUGGGAUACAUCCUCGACUGAUAGAGCUGAAUUCAAUGUUAAAACUCGGGUCUGAUGAGGAUGUUCGCAUGAUAGGAUUAUGGGGACUGGGAGGCAUAGGGAAGACAACUUUAGGUUUAGCCGUGUACAAUAAUAUUUCUAGGCAAUUUGAGGCUUCAUGUUUUUUGGCGGAUGUUUGCAAAGCUUUGGAAGGUCCCAAGGAUCUAGCUGCUUUGCAAAAACAAUUGUUGUCUGACAUAUUACCGGGACGAAGGUUAGUGGUGUCUAAUGUUCAUAUAGGUAUUAGUUUAAUGCAAAAUAACCUUUACCGCAAGAAAGUUCUCCUUGUUCUUGACAAUGUCACUGACAGAAGUCAGUUAGAUGCUUUAGCUGGAAAUCUGGAGUGGUUUGGUGCAGGAAGCAGGAUCAUCAUUAUAACGAGAGAUAAGCAUUUGCUAAUUUCUCAUAGGAUAGAUGAAGAUUAUAUCUAUGAAGUUAAACCUCUAGAGAAUUGCGAUGCUUUUGAACUUCUCCGUAGACAUGCUUUUCCGAGUAACAACAGUAUAAGGAGGGAUCUUGUGGAUAAGGUUUUGCAUUAUGCUAAUGGACAUCCUUUAACACUUAAGGAAUUGGGUUGUUCCCUGUAUUGCAGAAGUGAACGUGAGUGGGAAAGUUCACUGCGUAUUCUCGCUAAAAUUCUUAAAAAAACCAGCAAUGAUACUUUUAAGUGGAGUUACGAUGGACUUGAUGACAAUGCAAAGGAAAUCUGCCUUGAUAUUGCCUGUUUCUUCACGGGGUACUCUAAAGAGUAUAUUAUGAAAGUUCUUGACUCCUGCGACUUUGAAUCUACUAUUGGAGUAGAAGUUCUUGUUGAGAAGUCCUGGGUAACUGAAGAGAGUGAGACCCUACAGAUGUGUAACAUGAUUCAAUUGAUGGGCAUGGAUAUCAUUAGACAAGAAUAUCCCAAUGAUCCCGGAAGACGUAGCAGGUUAUGGCUUUUUGAUGAUUUUCGUAAUAUUCUGUCAAGGCAUUUGGUAACAGAUGCAUUACAGUCGAUAGUUUUAAUUUUACCUGAGCCAGAGAAGAUAAACAUAGGUCCUAAUGGUCUCACAAAUUUGAGAAGGUUGAAGAAGCUCAUCAUGAAGAAUGUGCAUAACUCUUUCCAAGAUCCUAUCUAUCUUCCUAAUGAGCUAAAAUGGUUUGAAUGGCCUGAAUGUCAUCCUUGCAUCCCAGAAUCUUCCUUUGGUCCUGACGAGUCAGCUCAACUUGAUUUGCAUGAAAGCAACAUCCAAGCACUGAGUAAGCAAUUUGAGGUGCGCAUUUAACUGAGUAGUCUAUUU